AUCCUUCGUGAGAUCCUGCACCGCGAUGAGGUAGAGGAGGUGACGGCAUGUGUUUUCAGUCUGCAACUGAUGCUGAACGUUCCUGGAGUGACAGCAGCUCUCUCCUCCUCGUACGCCUCCUCCAGAGGGGACCGGAGCUCCAUCAGGUCCAACACCUCCCAUGUAAGGUUUGAUGACAAAGUAGACUCCAUUCACAAGAAGUCAGUCAAAUUUACCACUGAGCAGCAGAAUGAGUCAGAUGGUGAAGAAACGAGUGAGAGUGGGGAGGAGGACUCGUCUGAGGAGGAAUACGAGGAUGAGGACGACAACCAGAUGAGAAACAGAUUCGCUUACGCCUACCAGGAAAAGGAGAAAAA